UCCGGGGCCUGAGCGGGCGCCGCCGCCACCUCAGCCGCCCGGGCCGGGCCGGAGGAGGCGGAGGAGGCUGCGGCCGUCUGAGACCUUCUCGACGUCCCCAGCUCCGGCCGGGAAGAGAAGAGAAAAGAAGAAGUGUUAGAGGAAGGAUAGUGAAGAAUUUUCCUGAAAUAAGCAAGGACGUUACUUCUCUUUCAGGGAAGUUUGACUGUUUACACUAAGAUGAUUGAGGAAAGUGGAAAUAAGCGGAAGACCAUGGCUGAGAAGAGGCAGCUGUUCAUAGAAAUGCGUGCUCAGAAUUUUGAUGUCAUACGACUAUCAACUUACAGAACAGCUUGCAAGUUACGAUUUGUACAAAAACGAUGCAACCUCCACCUGGUUGAUAUCUGGAACAUGAUUGAAGCCUUCCGAGACAAUGGCCUUAAUACACUGGACCAUUCCACUGAGAUCAGUGUGUCCCGCCUCGAAACCGUCAUCUCCUCUGUCUACUACCAGCUGAACAAGCGCCUUCCUUCCACUCACCAGAUCAGCGUGGAGCAGUCCAUCAGCCUCCUCCUCAACUUUAUGAUUGCUGCAUAUGACAGUGAGGGCCGAGGCAAGUUGACCGUAUUUUCAGUUAAAGCUAUGUUAGCAACCAUGUGUGGUGGAAAAAUGCUGGACAAAUUGAGAUAUGUUUUCUCCCAGAUGUCAGAUUCCAGUGGCUUAAUGAUAUUUAGCAAGUUUGACCAGUUUCUGAAGGAAGUUCUGAAGCUCCCAACAGCUGUCUUUGAAGGGCCAUCUUUUGGUUACACAGAGCACUCAGUCCGCACCUGUUUUCCACAGCAGAAGAUAAUGCUAAAUAUGUUUUUAGACACAAUGAUGGCCGAUCCUCCUCCCCAGUGCCUUGUCUGGCUACCUCUCAUGCACAGGCUCGCCCAUGUUGAGAAUGUCUUCCACCCCGUGGAGUGCUCCUACUGCCGCUGCGAGAGCAUGAUGGGCUUCCGGUACCGAUGCCAGCAGUGCCACAACUACCAGCUCUGCCAGAACUGCUUCUGGCGCGGCCAUGCCAGCGGCCCUCACAGCAACCAACACCAGAUGAAGGAGCACUCGUCUUGGAAAUCCCCUGCAAAGAAGCUGAGCCAUGCAAUUAGUAAAUCUUUGGGGUGCGUGCCCACCAGAGAACCCCCGCAUCCUGUUUUUCCUGAGCAACCAGAGAAACCACUUGACCUUGCAAAUAUAGUUCCCCCUCGCCCGCUCGCUAAUAUGAAUGAUGCCCUGGUGAGCCACGCCUCUGCGUCCUCCGGAGCGCCCACCCCCACCAAGAGGUUACAGUAUAGCCAGGACAUACCCAGUCACUCGGCCGAUGAGCACGCGCUGAUAGCCUCCUAUGUGGCCCGUCUGCAGCACUGUGCACGUGUCCUGGAUAGUCCCAGCCGACUGGAUGAGGAACACCGACUUAUAGCUCGCUACGCUGCCCGGCUGGCUGCAGAAGCAGGAAACAUGACCCGUCCUCCCACUGACUUGAGCUUUAACUUCGAUGCCAACAAACAACAAAGACAGCUUAUUGCAGAACUGGAAAACAAAAACAGGGAGAUCCUGCAAGAGAUCCAGCGUCUCCGUCUGGAGCAUGAGCAGGCUUCCCAGCCCACCCCCGAGAAGGCGCAGCAGAACCCCACAUUGCUGGCCGAGCUGCGGCUGCUGAGGCAGAGGAAGGACGAGCUGGAGCAGAGAAUGUCGGCACUGCAGGAGAGCAGGCGCGAGCUGAUGGUUCAGCUGGAAGGGCUGAUGAAGCUGCUGAAGGAGGAAGAGCAAAAGCAGGCAGCUCAGGCCACAGGGUCACCGCACACGUCGCCCACGCACGGAGGCGGCCGCCCGAUGCCCAUGCCCGUGCGCUCCACGUCUGCCGGCUCCACCCCCACGCACUGCCCGCAGGACCCACUGAGCGGAGUCGGGGGAGACCUGCAGGAGGCCUUUGCCCAAGGUACGAGGAGAAACCUCCGCAAUGACCUGCUGGUGGCCGCGGACUCCAUCACCAACACCAUGUCGUCCCUGGUGAAGGAGCUCCACUCAGCAGAGGAAGGUGCAGAGGAAGAAAAAGAGAAGAAGCAGGAUGGGAAGGACAGAGGUUAGCAGAGUUGCUGAGCCAGAGAGGAAGCGCAGGGGGCAUGCGGCAAGCUGGCGUUGACACGAGGAAGGCGAGGCCCUCCCCCAGAGGCGCAUUCCUGUCCAUCCUCGGGCUGCACACCUGGACCAGGCUUGCAGGCUGCCAGACCUCACUGCCUGGCAGGGAGAAGGGAGCCCGGAGCCCGUGGGAAGUGGGAGGGGCCGCCCGCUGCCCGUGGGCCUCCCCCGUGCACAGCCCUGCAUGAACCGGCAUCUUCAUCACUCCGCUUGGGCCCGGUCUCAUCUCUGCAGCAGGAACUUUCCGGGAGGUCGAAAAGAGAAAAGAAACAGCACGAAUCUCCUGUG